UCUGGCUCUUGCAGCUUGGCUCUGAUCUGGAGUUCGCGUGUGCGCCUGCGCUGGCCUGUCAGGCUUAGGGGAGCGGCUGAUACCCGAGCGGGCGGCGGAGGCGGCGCCGGGCCGGGAAAAAGUACGAGUCCCCUAAUGCCUGAAUAAGGUCUUUACUCUUCUGUCUUUCUGCAAAAAAAUUCUCUGCAGCCAUGGAUGAAUAUAGCCGCUUUGUGGAUUGGGACAAGAUGGAUACCACAAUCCAGACGCAGGACUCAAAGGAGCUAAUCUGCACAGAUUUCCAGGAGUUCAAACAGCUUGCCCGACAGGGCUGUUGGGCCAAGAAUCACUCUUUGAGAGCCAAAGUAUACCUGAAGCUAAUUGGCAACAUCCCAUGCCGCACAGUGACACCAGAUGCAAACGUGUACCGGGAUAUUGUUGUGAAGAUCAUUGGCAAGCGUAAUGCUGGCACCCUGCCAUUGCCAGAGUUUGUGGAUAACAGUCUGGUUCCCAAUUACUGUUUGAAUGCCGAGGGCAUUGGGGCAGUCAGGAAGAUAAUCUGCUGCAUUGCAAAUCAGUUCCCUGACAUAUCAUUCUGCCCAGCACUGCCUUCUGUGGUGGCUCUGCUCCUCCACUACAGCAGGGAUGAGGCAGAGUGCUUCGAGAUGGUUUGUCGCAUCCUUGCUUGCAAUGACCCGUCCAAGCGGCUCAUUGACCAGACAUUCCUGGCGUUUGAGUCCUCCUGUAUGACCUUUGGUGACCUGGUUAACAAGUACUGCCAGGCAGCACACAAACUGAUGGUGGCAGUGUCUGAGGACGUGCUGGAGGUGUACUCUGACUGGCAGCGGUGGCUCUUUGGAGAGCUCCCCUUGGUGUAUGUUGCUCGGGUCUUCGAUGUGUUCCUAGUGGAGGGCUACAAGGUGCUCUAUCGGAUUGCACUAGCCCUUCUCAAAGUCUUCCACAAAGUGAGAGCCGGGCAGCCCAUAGAGUCGGACAAUGUACAACAAGACAUUCGAGCUUUUGUUAGGGACAUUGCCAAGUCAGUGUCUCCUGAGAAGCUGCUGGAGAAAGCGUUUGCCAUACGGCUUUUUUCCCGGAAGGAGAUCCAGCUUCUGCAUAUGGCCAAUGAGAAGGCCCUACAGGAGAAAGGCAUCACAGUCAAACAGAAGAGCCGCUGCACUCCUCCUGUUUGCAGUGUUUCAUCUCCUAAGAGACAGAACGUGCACUUGGCAGUGCAUGCUGAGAACUUCAAGUCCGAAAUUGUCAGCGUGAAAGAGAUGAGAGACAUCUGGUCCUGGAUCCCAGAGCGCUUUGCACUUUGCCAGCCCCUAUUACUUUUCACCACUUUGGAGCAUGGCUGCAGCCUAAACAGGUUAUAUUCUCACAGCGAAGGACAUGAACCAACGCUCCUCGUGAUCAGGACAACAGCCAAAGAGGUCUUUGGCGCUUAUUUGUCAACUGACUGGAGUGAGCGCAGGCGAGGAGGGAAUAAACUGAGUUUCUUUGGGACAGGAGAAUGCUUUGUAUUCAGGCUGCAGCCAGAAGUGGAACGCUAUGAGUGGGUGAUAAUCAAGCACCCCGAACUGGCCAUGACUACUUCUGAACCAGGGGCUAAGUCCAUGCAGGUUUCCACUGUCCUGUCCUCCAGCAGCAUCCCCUCGGACUCCUCGGAUCGUCUUUCCCCCUUCCUAGCUGCUCGUCACUUCAACUUGCCUUCCAAAACUGCUUCCAUGUUCAUGGCUGGCAGCAACGAGUGCAUCAUCAUAGGAGGUGGUGAUGGCCAGGCCCUCUACCUUGAUGCAGACCUGAACCAUGGGAGAACCAGCCACUGCAAUACUUUCAAUAAUCCGCCACUGUGCUCUGAAAACUUCCAGAUCUCUGCCAUGGAGGUGUGGGGCUUCAAGGACACUAUGAAUGUCUGAGGCUAUAACCAUCAUCAAAACAAUAAGCCUGUCAGACAUCUCAAAAUUCUCAAGACAAAUAUUAAUGCAAAAGCCAAGCUAACACAAAAAUUCCACCUGGCUCCUUCUAGCUUAGCUAUUAAGGAGCACACUAAAUGCGGGGCUUAGUUGUUUACUGUUGCUCCUUAUAUGCAAAAUGUAAAUGACUAGGUGGUGCAUCUGGUUAACUCCUUUUACCUCUGGCAAACUAGAUUCAAACCCUUAUUUAAGUAACAAGUAGAAAUGUGGGUAUCUCAUUCUAGUCCUUAGUGGACGUGUAUCCAUAUGCAGUCAGUCUCUCAGGCCAGGACUGGAACAGCAGCAUGUUGCUUAUCAGGAUGCAGGUAUAUUGGCAGAGCUGUGUGUGGCUUGUACAGUGCCUGGCUCAUGCCAGUGAUAUCAGUUUGCCACUUGCAGGAGCAGAAUAAAGUGGACUUUGCAUAUGAGUCCAUCCAUCAGGCAGAUCCGUGUAUCCAUUUUCAGCACCCUUUCCUGAGCAAGUCAGCAAAGCUUCUGAAAGGAACAAAGACUAAUAGUUGUCUUUCCGCACAUCUGAAAGCUUGUGUUCUUUAUCUGCUUGCAGAGUCUGCCCCUCUGUGGAAAGCAUCCAGUCUGGGAAGGCAAAGGGCUGACUUUCUGUUUACAUUCCUAUUACAUAUCAGAAUCAUGACUUCCAAUUGUAAUAUUAUGACUCACGGCUCAGGCAGCUAAAAGCUAGCAGGCUAUAUGCAGGCACAAACUCUUCCCCUUCUUCGUGGUUCCUGGAAGCUGACAUGAGACUUUGCACUGGGAAUGAUAACUGGCUAGGCAGGAAAUUAGCAAUUGGAUGCAUAAACGCAAUGCCUUCUCCAAAGAGAAAUGGAUAAGGGUAAGCGAGUACCUACAGAGACAGAAAAUGAUCACAUCUAUCAAUUAUGUUUGUGUCUGGGAAUGUACUAGUUCCCCAGACAGGCUUUAGGAGGUGCUGUUUCUAUAGCACCUGAAUCUGCCCAUUGACUGAAGAGACUAGUGCUCUCUCAGUGUAAAAUGCAGCCAUGCUUUGCCAGUAAUGCCUUGUGGUGCAAGUUGGACAGGUGACACAGUCAUUUCUUCUUGCCUGAGAGUUCUGGCAGCACUUCUCCGCAGACACGCUUGGUGACUGGAAGUGAUUUCCCGUUGCCUGACACCUGAAGUUAGCAGUCCAGCUUUGAGACUUGUCCUUUCCUGGCUUAGUCUGUGUAUCUCAACAGAGGAUCAGUGUGAGCACGUUAGAGAGAUUCCUCUGAGUACUUCAGCAGACUAAUCACUAGUGAGGGGGAGUUCUACAGCCAGAUGGCGGGAAGAAAGAGCAAGGUUUUGUCACCAAGUACAUAGUGACAUCAAUUGCAUUAAAACAGAGAACCUUGAUUAUUACCUUUUUAAAGGUGCAUUUCUUUUAUAAAGGGAGAUCUAAAUAUGCAGUGAAAAUCAGUGGCCCAACUCUUAACUAGGCUGGGCACGAUCUCUUCAGAAUCCACUGCCUCAGGUGAGGCUGGCUAAAACUCACUUGCCCCGGCCACAUCUAAAGGGACUGUCAGACAGUUGUGUGCCUCUCAAGAACCCACUGGCAAAGCUUAGCCUGGAAGAUGAACAGCUACUUGUGAUACCAUUGUCGGAAGCCCUUCCGUAAGAACCCAGGUCAGUAACAGAUCAUGGAUGCACCCUUUUAAAAUGAUAGAUGUACAUCAAACUGUCUGUUUUUAAUCAGAGUGUUUUGCUUGUUGGUGAAGAGCAGCAUCACUUACUCCUGCAAGAGCUGGUAACACCACAAGCACUCAUGAUGGAACAAGGAAGCAUUGUCCUUGCCCUGUGCAUCCUUGCAGUGUGUGGAAUGUGUUUGGAGAGGGCAGCUGUCAUGGCUAACCCAGAAUCCUGGGCUCUGACCUGGCUGAGUAAUGGCUGCAGGAGCAGACUCUUCUAUUCUGUCUGAAAAAUAUACAUUUGUCAGUGUUAAAUCUGAACAAAUAUUCUGUUAGAAUCUUAAGCAACUUUGGUUCCAGCUUGUUUUGCUGCUCACCUUGAAAAGGCCUCCCUGUGCCUGUGAGGAUAGAUGCAAUUGACUGACAGCCCAUACUGUCUGACAUGCUGUGGACUUUACAAUACUCUGUUCUGCGCAUGGCAGAAGCCAAUGGAAGAAGGUUUCUGGGGAUGGGGAAGGCCAGAGAAGACUAGAACCGCCUCCUGCCUCCCCUAGGCAUCUGAAAAUGGGCUGAACUCACUGUAAAUAGCCUCUGACAUACAGCACAGAAGCCAAGUGAUGUGUCACUGGAAAUCUCUGGAAAGCUAAUUGCUCUCUGAUAAUCAUGCACUUUUUGUGAUAGUCACCUUCCAUCUUCUGUCCCUCUCACCACAGAGGUGACAGACAAGGAGCCUCCUUGUGUAUUACAUUCUCUUCUGUGGAGAAAAGAGACUGAAUGGUACUGAAAGGGUUAAAAUUAUAUUUGCAGAAGUAUCUUUUAGCCCCCCUAAAAAAAUAAUUUUAUUGCAUAUCAAAUCAGCUGCUAAUCCCAGCAUUGGUAUGUUUGAAAACCUAGUACCUACUGAUUCACCUCUUUCUGGUUUUGGUUUUAAUCCUGAGGAAUCAGAGUUUACAUUGCCUUUUGUGUCCUUAGAGCUACACUCUGAUAUCACAAAUGGGCAGGGACCAAGACCUCACCUGAAGCUGGGGCAGAGGGAAAAGUCAGCUGCUGCAAUACACAUCUGGAAUCCCCUAGAGCACAAAAUGCAUAGAGGGCUCAGAUACUGUCUCAUCACUAUGUGAUAAUAGCUCUGUCUUCUGAGCCAAUUCUUGUUUUGAAAUGAAUUUUGUACCAGUCUGUCUGUAGGUGAUGUGAAUGCAAAUUAUAUUCUGAGUGACAUUUUUCUCCAGGUGAUUGUAGUGCUAAUUGUGACUUUCUAGGUCAUGUAACUAUGCCAUCCACUAAUGUCAGUGUUGAGUGUUUAUGUGACUGCACAGAAUUUGGGUUGAAUUAUUAAAAUAAAAUUUAAAUAUUCAAGCUGUUGGCUUUUCCCUUUCA